GUCAGUCCGCUUAACUACUCCUUCGCUGUAUGGUCCAGGUCCAAUAACUGAAUAGGCCCUUACACUGAUAUUGUAGUCCACAUUUUCUUCCAGACUAUUUAGAGUGAUGCCCAGCAUUGUGGUAAUGGUGGUGUUAGUGGAUAAUGAUCCAUUAAAUGUCUCUAGAGGAUUGUAUCGAACUUCGAAAAAGGUUAUAGAUCCACUCUGAUUUAUUGCAGGGACUUCCUCCCACGAUACUUGUAUCUCGG